GAUAGGACACACGCAGCGCGCUUUGACAGAGCUGAGUGUUUAGAACGCAGCGGCGCGUGUAACAAUCGUGAAAGCGCCGUGCUAACCUCACGAAGUGCAGAUAUGGCCGACAAAACGCCGCCUCAGAAAUCCAACGCUCCAUACGCAGCCAGGAUAGACCCAACCAAAGAGGGUCUUUCUCAAGAUCAAAUGCAUUUUAUCAGACAGGUGGAACUGGAACAGUGGAAGAGGAGAACGUCGAAGCUGCGGACACGAAACGUGGUGACGGGACUCGCUAUCGGUGCGCUCGUGUUGGGAAUUUACGGCUACACAUUUUACUCAGUCUCCCAGGAGCGGAUCAUGGAUGAGAUCGAUGAGGAGGCCAAGCGUGCGAGAAUGCAGGGACCAAAAACCGGUGCCAACUGAGAUUUAAGUGUCAUCUGCUUGUUGUUGGACUUUAUUUCUGUCCUGC